GCGGACAUAGAGCGCGAGUCGCGUCGUUGGCGGCGUCGCAGCAGCUGCUGCUGUGCAGUCGUGUCAUGGAGGACCUCCUGCUGCAGAUAGUCAAGGAGGCGCAAAAUGCCAAGCUACAGAUCCUCAAGAAAGCUGCCCAGGAUGCUUGCGACUUCCUGGACAAGCAGCAGGGACUGCUGCGCGAUCCACCGCAUGAACUUCGAGCCAAGUGCCUCCGAGCGUUGCAGCUCGCGCUGGAGACCAAGAGGAGCAAGUUCGUUGCCUUCGGGCUUGCCGGACUGCACAAAAUGCUGCGGGACGACAGAUUUCAAUCGCCGUACGAGCCGGAAGACGAUUCCCUGUGGCUUCCGGCUCAGAUGCUGCACGCCAUGGGCUCGAUUCUAUCGCAGUCCGACGACACCCAAACCGACAUGCUCAAAGUACUCCUGCAAGUCGCCUGCUGUCCGUAUUGGACGAUGAACGGCCGGUUGAUAAUCGCUAUCCUGACGACCUGCUGCGAAGCUUUCGAACACGGGAAUCAGGCGGUCAGAACAGCCGCUCAAGCGGCCACCAGUCAGACACUCAGAUCGUUCUGUUUGUUUCUCGACGAAGAGUGCCAAGAGAUGGACGAGAACGCCAGGCGCAACAAGAACAUACGCGAGCGCGGCGUUUCCUGCUUCAACGAAGCUUUGCCGAUACUGCAAUACAUCUGCUGCAAACUCGACGAGGCACAAAAUGCCAGAAACGGCAACACGGUGGUCUUCCUGCUGGAGUGUCUGCACACGUUGAUCUCGUCGCUGCCCCAGAAGAUCCACACGAACGCGCACUUUACGACUUUUCUCUGGCAAAAGUUUUGUCCGGCGUUGAUAGCUUUUCUCGGCACGCCAAGAGUCGAUAAGAGCUUUACGUCGCGAGAAGGUAAGGACGGAGAGCUUGGACGUGGCUCGGGGUAUCUCACGAGCUCGCUCGGCUUUGACAGUCAUCAAGCUAAGACAGUGUACAGUAUUGGAACGGAGUUGGUGAGGCUCGUCGGUUGCGUCGGGCCACUUCGUCCCGUUUUGGAGUCAGUCUUCCAUCGAAUGCUACUUUAUCCGCCGCCGCAGCAACGCUUGGAGCCUCUCAAGGCUUUAAAGGAGCUUUUACGAAGCCCCAGUCGAAUCGUCGAUUUCGCCGGGCCACUUCUCGUCGAUGAGGAGAAGUCCAGUCAGCUGCAGAGCGAUAUGGCCCUCAUGAGACUAGCGAUGGAUUCGAUCGAAGAGUCGACGAACGCGGGUCUAUCGGUGCUUCAGGCAAGUGUCUCCUGCGUCGUUGCGAUGCUAUCCGCGCUGCAGGAGCUUUGCGAGGGCAAGGCUAUCAGUCACAAUUACACGUGUACCAUCAAUGGCCUCUACGAGGAUCUUGAGUCCUGCGACUAUAGGGGACCGCUCACCUAUCAAAGCAUGGCGAGGCUUCCCAAGACUUAUAGAGAGCAACUAGAACUCAUGAAGAAAAGCAACGUCUCCGACUCCGACUCCUCGGGUCACGGUCCGUCGGAAGACGGCGACUCGACGGACACCGAAGGUCCACCGAACGAGUCAGCCGACGACGCAGCCGAGGACAACAACAGCCUCCUCGAGGAUACCGAUUACGCCUUGGCGAAUGAGCGGGAGAGACUUCGACUAGAAAAAUUGCCAAAGUGCUUGCACGUCGGCCGCCAAUUCGCCGAGGAGUGUAAUGUCGACGUCGAGAGGCACAACGCGAGGAAGUUCGUUAAAACCUUGCGACAGGACCUCGUGCCUACCGUCCUUGGAUUGAGGAGCAACAUCGAGGUGGACGAGGCUCUGCAGAAUUUCGCUUCGGAUUACUGUCAAGGCGUCUUCGCGGCGCAGCAGAGGCUCCAGGAUCAAAAGGAAUCGCACGCCGAUAACUGCGCUCUGAUCACGAUUAUGAACGCCGACGGGAUAUACCUGGCAACCUACGCGGCUCUUCUGCUGAAUCUCAAGCUGAUCCGAAUGAAUUACUACGAGGACGAGAGUCGCCAGGUGCCGAUGAACGAGGAGCAAUUCGUAGAAGAGGUUCACGGUUCAGGCGUCCUGGUCUAUCUGUCCGCCACUUGGCUCUCGGAGCUUUACCAGCAGAUCCUAGCUUGCAACCUCUUGGAAAAAUGCGGCUAUAAUCCAACCUCGAGCGAACACAACGCGCUGGUCAACGUCUUGAUAGACGUUGACGGUAUCGUAGGUAGCCAUCCUGGUGGUCAGUUACUCUCGGACUACUUGAGACUGGAGAAAGCUCAGCUUUCACGAAGCGAACCCACACCGGAGGCUGAAGCUGGGGCUAAGCUCUCCAGGAGGGUAUUGACCUGCUGUUGGGAUAGUAUGGUAGCUGUGCUGUCUACCGGACUGAAUCCUUGCAAGGACGAGACGGGGAAGGGGAUUCUAGGGAAGGACGACGGGAGGAGGGGAAUCAAGGAUACCAUCGUUUUGGCUCUGGAGGGACUGCAUAAGGCUGCGACGCUCAGUAAUGUUUUAGGUCUGCAAAAUCGUUGCGGUGCAAUCUUCGCACUGCUGGCCAAAGCCGCCUGUUCCGAGCAGUCAAUCUCGAAGCUGAGGCGCACAAAAGACGUUCUCCGGCUGAAGCUUCAAAACAAGGCCACAAAUCUGCACACGUCGCACGCACUAAGCAUGGAAGUACUGCUGGCGAGGGGCUUGGAACUGGGCAGUCACGGAAGCGACUGCUGGCCGCACGUUUUCACGUGCUGUCUGUACGUGAGCAAGCUGGAGCACGACUUCUUCGGUAAGAAUCAGAAUCUGGCUUUUCCGAAGGCUGCGAAGAAGGAAAAGAAGGAACCGGCGCAUUCGAACAGCGACUGCAAGUCGAACCAAGACAGGCUUCGGCUUAGCUUCAAUAUCGUUGACGACGAUGACGACACGUGCGUUGACGUCUACAGCUUCCUGCAAACGCCUUAUACCCAAAGCACAGCGACGGAAACGAUCCCCGAGAUAAUCCUGGAAUCGAACGCGGACAACCAGUUCAACGGCAUCCUUCCGGCCGAUUACGCCGCGAAGAUCGUCUGCGUAUUGUCGCAACAGGUCGACCGGCUGUUCGAAGACGCGGCGCUGAAGCUGAAUUUGCGUGCGUUGUGCUCGUUUUUGCAGGCGCUGUGCCGCGCCAGCAAAGAUCAGCUGUUCAAGAGCACCGGCGGCUCGCAGGAGAACCGCAAGAUCUGGUGGCGAAGGAGCAAGCCGCGCGAGGAGGAGCUUAAUGUACUGUUACUCUCGAGGCUUGGCGAGGUAAUGCUGAAGUGCGUGAAAAGCGGUCGACCGUUGAUCCACAUAAUGAGGGUCUGGAGCAUACUGGGGCCACAUUUCAUGGAGGCGGCUUGCCACAAGGAUCGCGGCAUUUCGAAAAAGGCGGUGGCGUGUAUCCACGACUCGAUGGCCGCACUGCUCAACGAUCAGCUCGAGCUGCCCCAUUUUCACUUUAACGAGGCGCUCUUCAAGCCCUUCGAGAACCUCCUGUGCCUCGAACUCUGCGACAGCGACGUCCAGGAUCAGAUCGUUAGCUGCAUCUGCGAGUUCGUCGAGACGAACCGCACAGAGAUCCGUUCGGGCUGGCGCCCCUUAUUCGGCGCGCUGAAGGUCGCCUCGGUCGGUAACGCCGAGAGCGUCGAGUCGGCUCCGCUGCUCGAGGUCUUCCGCGUUUUUCUCAGCACCGACAACACUCUGGUUUUCGCCAACGCCGCCCUCGACUGUAUCCUCUGUCUCUUGAGACACGUGCGCGGGGGUAUCGGUGAACCUGAGACGCCUCAGGCUGAAGCUGAACAAGCGAACGACGUCGACGGCCGCAGGAUGAGGCUGUGUCUGGAGAGUCUCAAGUACUUGGUGAGCUGCAGCGACAUUCUAGCUUCCAUGUAUCGUAUGCCUGCCUGUCCGAUCUUUCACUCGGCUCAGAGGAUCCAGAUGUCUAGUUUGCCUCAGUACGUUGACCCGAUUAUACCUAAUCUCGAAGUUGCGAGAUUCGAUAGGAAGACCGAAUUUUUGCACGACGUCGUGCCGGAAGUCUCGUACGAACUGCUGUCAACCUCGCAAGACACAAAGGCUGUCAGUUUGCAGAGCAUGGAUCGUCCGAGUGGAAUACUCAGGGUUUGGUAUCUACUGAUCGAAGGCUUAGCGAGCGCGACCAUGAUAUGUCCCAAGAGGUACCAACCGCACACUUUGGAGACACUGUUCCAUCUGCUGAGGAACACUUUGAACACACCCGGUCCACUAUUCGGAUUGUACUGCGUCAAUCACUUACUGCUACCUAUGGUCCAGAACUGGCUGAGAAAGACUUCGAAGAUUUACAGGGGAUGGGACAACUUUGCCCCAAAUUUCAAGCAGUGCUGCGGGCUCACCACUGACUUGGUCGUUGAUUUCAUCGUUUGUUUGCAAGGACCAGACGUUAAGAGGAACGAAGCUUAUGUAUCGGCGACAACUUUGAUGUUGAAGCAGCUUUUCCUGGUGAUGGCAGAGUGUGUCGUUCAACCGACGGAGAGCAUCGCUCGGCUUGGCUGCGCUUGCAUCAGGCACGUACUGGUGAGCAGUGGUCCAAACCUCACAUCCGAGCAGUGGGAGGUUUGCGGAGUGGCCUGUCACCGGGCCUGUUCGAAUUCGCUGCAGGAGCUGCACCAGCUGACGAUGGCGUUCUCUCCGCGUUCCGAGUCCUUCUACGGCGACGCGGCUCAGGUCAAGGUGGCCGCGAGACGCGACGCUACACCCGAGGAGACCGAGAGACUUCGACAACUCGCCGCUCAGGUGUUUCUACUGGAGGAGCAGCGGUUAGAGGAAGCAACGGAGCCUCCGGACGAGAAAUCCUACGUCUUCCUACUUUAUCCACCUUCGGUGGCCUCGACCCUCAAUCCCGAGCUCUACAUUGUCCGCGUGCAAAUGAGAGCUCUGGUCGUCGGUCUGAUCGUGCAUCAGAUGCUGCUCCACUGCAUCGCCAGUGUACUUCUACAGGGAACUGAGACUCCUGUGCCGAGUCUCUCCAACAUUUUGAUGAGUCCCUCGGUCUCCUCGCCCAAGACCCAAUCUCCUAUCGGCUUCCUGAGCCACUUGGAACCCCGUCACAUGGACACCUUCCUCUCGGCCCUCGACCUCUCCUACGCAGCUGCCCUAAAAUUCGAUUCCCGACCAGGUCUCAAGUUCCUCCUCCAAAAAGUCGCCAACCUCCAACGUCCAGCCAACCUGUACCAUCAGGCCAGUACCGCCUGGACCAUCAAGAUGUUCACCUUAUUCGAGCUUUGUCUGAAAGAGUUGGCCCUUGGUAACGUCAACCUUGACUCCAUGAGGCAGAUUCUCAGCAGCGAAGGUCGAGCCGAUAGCAAGUAUCGCAACCUAAUAAAGUACCUGAACCUCCUGCAGACGACGUUUGACGAGCUGUGUGGGACUUAUGUCGACAUUGCGUUGGACAGGGAUGGGAGGUAUACUACGGUGGAUUCAAUCGCUGACAGGAAGUUUUUCUUGCUGGUAUCGCAGCCUGACGAGUAUACGGAGGUCGUUGCCGAUGAGCCCAUCAACGAGAACAACCGAGUGGUCUACAGCGCCACACCGAAUUCCGAGGACGACUACCAAGAGGACGACGGCGUGGCGAACUUUGACGAAAGUGCGUUGAAGGACCUCGGAGUUAACGUCAUCGAAGACGACGAAGACGUGCGGCCUUUCCGUCUUUCCGAUCUGGCUGCCGAUUACUCAACCGAUUCGGGACCACAGUCCGAACCUGAGACGGACGAUUCCAGACCGGUAUCAAGACUGGGCUCCAGCAACUCGAGGACGGCGUAUCUGGACAGGUCGGGAGGUGCGACGAGCGAGGACCUUGUGGAAUCGGCUAACGACUUCGUUACCGAUACUCCCGAGUUGUUGGACGAGAAGAGGAUAUGCAGGCCCAAAAGCACUUUCAGGGAUCUCAAGGCAUACACCCCAGAUUUUCACAAGCUGGAUAGGGAGGAGGUCGCUGAUAAAGAAGAGGAUGCGGAGGACUCCAAGAAGAUGAUGAGGAAGAGCGACGACUGUCUGCUGUCGAGAAGAUACAAUCUAAAGUUCAUCCAAAAAGGCGACCUCACUGCCAACGACAAACAGAGCCUCUACUUCCGCUCGAAAUCCAUGACGGAACUUCGCAAAACCCGCGACUCUCGCUUCCCUCCACGUCAACAUUCCGCGAUCGCCACCACCUUUCACGAGUCCGAGGGACCAGAAUCGACGUAUCAACCCCUUGGCAACGUCGAGGAGCUUCUCGAGGAGUACGAGCGCAGCAAACGGGGCUUCCGAACGAAUCCCUUCCUCCAAGACGAGCAGGAGAAAAUGCUGAUUGCGAACAGGUGUAUGACCAGUAUCGACGACGACGGAUUGAUCGGAAAAGAGGCUAAUAAGGACAGCGAGAUCCGCAGAAGGGUCUGGGCCGAGACGAUCGCUGCGUCGCUCGAGUACGCGCUGGCGCUUACGGACGAGCGAUUGGCGCCGCUGCUUCCGGUUCUGGUGGGCGGUAUUCGGAUCUUGACGCGACACGCGUACGAGCCGAUCCUCAAGCAACGAUUGUCGGCUCUGUUUCAUCGUAUCGCCCAGAUAUAUGGACUGGCUACUGCUAAGUAGCUGUAUAAGUACGAAGAGGCUCUCGAUAAAGGGAGCUUGUCGACUUAUGGCUGCAGAAAGUUUUGAAGAUAUGAUUUUUGAGUCGUUUAUACGUUCUUUUAAUUUCGAUGAGUUGCAGAGUAGUGGUUGUUCAAUGAUUUUCUGAGGAUAUUAAACUUCUAUGAUUUUAGUCACUGUAUUAUAAUGAUUGAUGUAUCGAAGAGAUAGGUUCGUAUUUAUUUUGAGUUUUGCACUUCAAGAUCGCAUAAUUUUUGUAAGAAAAUGAAGAGUAAAUGUAAAAAAUGACAUGAUUCUUUAAAUACGCGGAUUUUCAAAUGUGUUAUUCAGUAUAACACACUGAAGAUAAUGACUGAUUCAUCGAUGUUAAAACUCUGCCUCCUCUGGCGAAACAAAUUUGUAACUUAAUUCUAACUUACUCAAGAAAUGUACCUUAAAGACGGCUUAUUAUUUAAAUAAUUAUAAAUCCUAAACAUACAAUAUAAUUAAUAUGAUAUAUCGCAUGGAUAUGUUCCAGAUAUUAUAUUAUACAUUAUUAUCCAAUUAUUAAAUUCUGCCUAACUUAUUUUUUACGACUGAUCAUAUUAUAAUUUCUUAUCUGUAUAAUUCAAUUCCAUGACUACUGUUAUAAUUAAUGGGAAUGUAUAUUUAUCUAUAAUUAUUUAUAGUAGCUAGAAUAAACCGAAUAUCAAAACAAAACCAAAUCUCUAUAUCUUGUUUGCUGCAUCGAAGAAAAUUUAUGAAAAAAAAAAUGACUACAGAGAAAUCGAAGUGUCAUACUUUUAAUUGAUUAACUCUGUAUGUAUAGCUUGUUAUACUAUAUGAAUACGCAGAAAAUGAAAUAUAUUUUAUGAAUGAUUAUUUUAAAAACAAGUAAGAAGUAGAUAGGAACCAAAUUACCAUUACUAUAUAUUAAAAAUUGAACUUUUCGCUAAUGCAUGUAAAUUAAUUAUAAAUUAUCCGAUUAUUGAGUAUUGUAUAGUUAGUUCGUCUUUUCCCUUAUGUUGCUCGGAUGCACAAUAUACGGCUGUGGUAGAAAAUGAAGCAGAAAAUAGACGAACAAUGCGACUGGCUCGACUCGAACAAAGAAAAAGUAUUACAUUAUUGCAUAAAGUUCGUUACAUUAUUUUUUUUCAAAGUAAAAUCGAGAACUGGUGCUUCGAAAGGCAGGGCCCAGAUGGGUUUCCUGAAAAUUCCAAGACUAAACUGCGUAGUAUAUAAUAAAUAAGGCAAACAAAUAUAUAUAUAAUUAUAACAAAUUUUCAAAUGAUCGUUUCGUCGUUAUUGUACUCAUCUCCGUUUGCGUUGUAUAACUUAUAUAAAUCUAAGGUAAGAACCGCUAACGCAUUACGAAAUGUAUCGUAUGGUCAAAACGUCAUUGGGAUAUAUUUGGAAUUGAAUAUUAAUUUAAUUAUUGACUAUAAGAUCACGAUAAUCUAUCAUUUUUAAAUAAAAGCUUUGUACUCCAUUUUUUAUAAAAUGAUCGCGAAAGGCAUUUUUUAUUGAAUUAUCAUAAAAGUUUGUAUUUAAUGCUUUAAAAGAAAAAUAUACUAAAUCAAUGCGUGGUUCUGAAACUUUUCGUGCAUGAAUCAAUUUAACGAAAAAGUAUGUAACUCUUUUGUAUAAGUGAUUUUAAUAAUGCAAAACAAAAUAUAAUUAAAUAAAAUAAAAAAAAUAAAAACUAAACUAUGUAAAAUCUUGUUUAAAAAUGAUAGAUUUUAUUUUAACAACUUGAAAUACAACACAAUCCCGAUAUGCCUUGCAAUAAUUUUUUAAUUUACUUUUUAAAAUCAAACAAAGUUGUAUUAACUGAUAUUAGUUUUGAAAAUGCGAUAUAAGGCUAUUGAAGUUAUGGAAGAGUCGGUUCAUCUAUUAUAUGUUUUCUUCACUCAUCUUGAAGUCUAUAUUAUAAAUAAUAAAAAUUUUGGUCUCAUCCGAUUUUUGUUAUUUGAAGAGUAUUCAAAAGGCGGGAAAGUAUAUGUGUACGUGUGGGUGUACUAUAAAGUAAAUAUUAAUAUAUAAAUGGCGUAUAUUAAAUAUAUAUUUAUGUCCAGCUCGUUGCAUCGAAUGAUCGACGAUGAGCUACUUUGGAUCUGGGACGCGUAACCCGGCCGAUUGUUACUUCAGUAUUUUUGUGAAUGGUCAGCAGAAUAAUAAACGACAAUAUGUAUAUGAAAUAA